AAGUCUUCCAGACCGCAAGUAGACCUUCCUACCGAGGGCGCAGGCGAGGUUCACAGCGCUUCCCGACCCAACUGGGCUCUGGCACCAUCUACUUCUCCGGAGGGCGGUUCGAAGAGGCCUGAACGCCGUCGACGAGGACUCAAAUCUAAGGGGGAAACGAGGGACUCAAAGGAUUGCGAAGGCCGGCCAAGUCAGCCGGCCGCUUCUAGAAAGCCUCGACGACGCCCGCGUCGUGGGCUCUCUAAUCCGGAUAUGCGCGCUCCGGGAUCUAAAGCUAAGGACGGGGAGGAUCUGCAAAAAUUAACACCCAACAGGGCUCAGAUGUCCAAGCAAGGUCGCGCUUCGCCGUACCCUGACGUGGCUGAACAGCGCAAUUGCAAUACGCCGAGGAAGUCCCAAACUCCUGAUCCCGAGGAUAACCUGCCCGGUUCUAGCUCGGAAGCGCGUUCUGCUCUUCAUCUUGCCCAAGUUGAUGCGUUGAUCAAGGAACUCCAGAGGACUCGCGGUUUACCCAAAACGCUUCCUCCGAACGCGGAACGGACGACGCAAGACAGGAUGAAAGACGAUAAUAGGGACGCUGCAAUUGCUGCUCGCGCAUCGUCCGUUCCUCCCGAAGGCGCAUCUAUCUCUCUUAAUGCAAAGGUUCCCUGGGUCUGGGUCGCUGGUCACGAUGGUGUUCUUCGUCCCGAUAUGUGCAUGGAAGGCCGACCUUCUUCAGUUCCUCGUCUGGCUCGCUCUGACGUGUCCUCGGCGUUCAUGCCGGCUGGUAUGCAAGAUCUCAACGACAUGUCUCCUGGCUUGGAAUCCGUCUCCGCUGCAGGCCACGCACAUCCCAUGAAGAGGACUACGACGCCUACACCUCCAUGGCCAAUCUUCCAGACAGGGCCGACUCUCAAUCAAUUCCCCAAGGAUUCUGGACUGCCGUUCCCUGAUGCCUUCGAUAGAUUCAGUCGCUCUGUCAACUCACAAGGAACUGUUGGCCGCAAUUCUGGUCGCUCGCGCUCGAGAAACUGCAGUGGUCAAGCUCCUGCGCGUUCUCCCGGAGAGGAGACGGCGAACUGGCGAUCGUCAAAGUUGCCGAAGGACUCCAAGACUGUGCGUCCUAACCCUCCUUCGACUGCUGGCCCUCCCGUUAGUCCCGUCCAAACUUCGCAUUGGCCGACUCUCGAUGAGAUCUGCGCGAAGAAGUCUUCGCUUGCCUGAGAGGCCGAUACUGUAAUCCAACUCUCUAGUCUUCAUUUUUUGUUGUGUCCGGUUAUGGAUUUGUAAUUACAGCCUUGCAAAUUUGUACCAUCUGCCCUCGUUAGCUACACGUAGACUGUAUAUAACACCACCUACAUAAUUUC